AUGCCCACUCACCAGAUCUACGCCGUCUCCAAGCUGUCAGUAACUACGCCAUUAAAGUUAGGUCCCAAUACGGCAGACAUGUGUCAAGCGUGGAGGUACACCUUCACAUGCGGACACCAGAGCGGAGAGAAGUGGUACGACCCUGAGAACGCCGAGGAUUGCCCUGAGGCGGUGCGUGCCAAUCGUCGUCACAGGCAAUAUGGAACGCUAUUGCGCUGUAGCCCCUUAUCGACUGCAUCCGUGUCGACGCAAGGUGUUUGUUCGAGGGACAAAUGCUAUGCCAAGGAGUACCUCAUACCCUACGGUUGGUGGUGUCAUUAUUGUGGUUACAUGAACAAUGCAGGGUACAUCAGAGAGAGUUGGCAGCUCGAAACAGAUGCUAUUCUGGUAAAUUCCCCUAGUCUGACCUAUCAAAGAUAG